AUGACUAUUAUCCAUAUGGUCUUCUUCAAAUUCCGGGCUGACGUGACCCAAGAACACAAAGAAACCUUCGUGAGAGAACUCAAGAAGCUCAAGAGCCUAUCCUGUGUCAAAGAUAACCGUUUGAUCGUCGGAGGCCCGUCUGUAACAGACCCAAUUGAGCGAAGCAAAGGAUUUGAGUUUGCUCUUUUGAGCUAUCACGAAAACCGAGCAGCUCUGGACGAGUACCAGGCCAGCAAAGAGCACGCAUGGGUUACGCAGACAUACAUGUUCCCUUACAAGGAAGAUUUAUGCCGCUUCGACUUUGAAGUUGCGCCCGAAGACGAAUACCUAUGCACUUUCGAGGCUCUGACACGGUUGAACGGUCUAAACACACCCACAGAGGAGGCGUAA